CCCCCUCUGCCUCUUGCUAUGUGUCCUCCUGGACAAGUCAUCAACACUGCAACAAAACAGUCACUCACCAUGAAGCUCACCCUCCCCAUCACCCUUCUGCUAGGUCUAGCCAGCGCCCACCCCCAUUACGGGGCCGCAGACAUCUCCCACUGGCAACCAGCCGGAGCAGACGACUACCGUGGCCCCUGCCCAAUGAUGAACACCCUCGCAAAUCACCACUUCCUCCCGCACGACGGCCGCAACAUCACGCGCCCUCGCCUCAUCGAGGCCCUAGGCGCCGCGUUGAACUUCACCUCCUCGCUCGCCACGCUCAUGUUCGAGAUGGCCAUUGUCGUGAACCCGGAGCCCGACGCGACCUACUUCACUUUGGACCAACUAAACCAGCACAACAUCCUCGAGCACGACGCAAGUCUCAGUCGAAGCGACGCCUACUUCGGCAACAACCACAUCUUCAACGCCACCAUCUUCGCCCAGACUCGGAAGUACUGGACGGGCCCCACCCUCGACGCUGCCAUGCUGGCCAACGGCAAGCUGGCGCGGCAGGUCGAGUCCAAGGCGUUCAAUCCGACAUACGCGUUCACGGCCCGAACCGAGGAGUUCAGUUUGGGCGAGGUGGCGGCUCCCAUUAUUGCGUUUGGGGAUAUGGGGACGGGUCGGGUGAAUCGCUCGCUUGUGGAGUAUUUUUUCGAGCACGAACGGUUGCCGGUUGAGUUGGGGUGGCACACCCGAGGAGAGGCGGUGGGUGUGGAGGAGGUGAAUGCGGUGGCCGAGAUGAUACGGAAUGCGACGGGGUUGAUUACACCGACUGGGUCAGUGGUGGGGUCGGGGAAGAAGAGGGAUUUGCAUUCUGGGUGGCGGGGUUAGUGCACUUUUCGUACCUUCAGGUUGGGGGAGUGGAAGGUGGUCGGAUAUGUUGGAGCAGAUACAUGGGAGGAGGAAGAAAGGGUGCGAUGCUUGUCAGUAUGGGCUUGCGAACUAGAACCAAAAAAAGAAGGAUAUGUGUCUAUAAGCUAGUAAACCGCUUAUCUACCGAGUUACUGUCCACCUCAUGAUUCACUCUCACCCGC